AUGCCGAAAACCAAAUCCGACGAAAGGGUGGAGGAUGCCAUUAUUCGUCGCAAGGCUAUUUUGACAAACCUGUCGGAUGUUGAGAGGUUUACAAAGGAAUUCAACGUUGAUCGAGACACAGGGCGCCUUCAAGUUCGACAAGAUUUAGUUGAUCGGAUCUACGACCAGUUUCAAAAGGCGCAAACCGUCAUCGAGAAGUGGGAUGGGCCAGACCGGCUUGAAAUGCGUUUGGCUGAGAGAUCGACCAUCGAGGAAAGGUUUUGUGAGGUGAAAGCAUUCCUGUUGAACAAUAUCCCGGAAAGGUUGAGCAGUUCUACAUCAGCAGAGCCGACCGCACCAACCAGCACAGCUAUGUUUCACCUACGCCUGCCCAAAAUAGAUUUGCCGAGGUUCGAUGGUGAUUUUUCGCGAUGGUUGUCGUUCCGAGACACGUUCAAGUCCAUGGUGCACUCGAACCCAGAUGUUCCAGCGGUUGCAAAGCUGCAGUACCUGCUUCAGAGUUUGGAAGGCGAAGCCAAGAAACCUUUCGAGUCCGUGAACGUUGAGGCUGACAACUAUCUUAUAACUUGGGACGCGUUGAUGAAGCGGUAUGAUAACCAGCGGUACCUGAAACGACAGCUCUUCAGGGCAAUGUACGACAUCCAGCCUUUAAGGAAAGAGUCUUCAAAGGAUCUUCAUACGUUGACUGAUGAUUUUGACCGCCAUGUGAAGGCCAUGGCUAAACUGGGUGAGCCGGUAGGUUACUGGGAUACUCCGCUAGUGAACCUACUGUGCUACAAGCUGGAUCCUACGACACUUCGAGCCUGGGAGGAAAAAACAAGCGACCUGAGAGACAUCACUUACCAAGAGUUGAUCGAUUUCCUGUAUUCUCGAGCGAUGAUGCUGAAGACCAUCGUCUCAGAAGAACAGCGCAACCUGCAAACUAUUCCAGCGAGGAUGACGGGAUCCCAACCGAAGAAGGCGUUCCGAUUAGUGGCCAAUCCUGUUGCGUCUGAUCCAAAACCCGAUUUACCCGUGUGUGUAGUUUGUUCGGAACGACACCAUCUAUUUCGCUGUAGGAAAUUCGCAAGUUUCUCUCCCUACAACCGACGGCAAGUUGUCACAUCCCAUCGUUUGUGUUGGAAUUGUUUCAAUUCCGGCCAUUUAUCACGAUCCUGUUCCUCCAGACACACUUGUCGUUUCUGCAAUGGAAAGCAUCAUUCUCUCCUCCAUGAUGCGAUCAAGACCACCAACUUCAAUUCGGUUCCGAAACCAACUUCGCUUUUGUCGAAUCCACCACUCCCAGCUCCACAACGUAGCACCGCUCCUCCAGAUUCAGAUCCGCAACCAUCUACUUCGAGCCAACAAGUUUGUAUGACUGUUCAGGCAACGAACAGUACAGUUUUGUUAGAAACGGUGAUGCUUUUGGUGGUUGACAGUACGGGGAAGGAAAUUCCGGCGCGGGCGCUGCUUGAUUCCGCUAGCAUGUGCAGCUUCAUGACGAAGAAGUUGGCCAACACUCUCGAUCUCCGCCGUUCUACCGUUGACAUUGCUGUUUCAGGGAUUGGUGAAUCAUCCAAGCAGAUCAAGCGCCAGUUAACAGCGAAGAUUCGCUCAACCGUAACAAACAAGAUUUCCCUCGGCAAUGAGAUGCCGACUUUAGUGGAGACUGUUUUUGGAUGGGCUGUAUCCGGAUCGGCUCCGAUAAAUUCCUCCGUAACACACCGGUUAUGCCAUCUUACGACCAUCGAUCGAGACCUAGAACAAUCCAUCGAAAGGUUCUGGGAACUCGAAUCUCUGUUGCCGUCCCAAGCUCUGUCAGCUGAAGAAAUAAAGUGUGAAGAAGUGUUCAGUGCUACCACCACUCGCGAUUCGUCCGGUCGUUUCGUAGUUAGAUUGCCACUCACUAGUGACCCCCUGGUACGUGUUGGUGAAUCAAGAUCCAUCGCCGAGCGCCGCUUCCAAAGUCUAGAGAGGAGACUUAAGCGAGAUCCUGCCACUCGAGAAGCCUACGUUUGUUUCAUGGCCGACUACGAACGUUUGGGCCACAUGAUCAAGUUGACUGAUCCAGUAGACGACUCUGUCCCCCACUGCUAUCUACCACAUCAUCCAGUCUUCAAGGAGUCAAGCACAAGCACCAAGGUCCGUGUUGUUUUUGACGCUUCGUGCAAGACAUCAACCGGCUACUCCAUCAACGAUAUGCAGUUGGUGGGACCUACUAUCCAGGACGAUCUACUGUCGAUCAUUAUGCGCUUCCGAACCCACCCAAUCGCACUCGUAGCCGACAUUGAAAAGAUGUACCGCCAAAUACAACUGCACCUGGACGACUUACCCCCAUUUUUGGCCACCCGCGCUUUACAACGCCUCGCUGAGGAUGAAGUCAGUCGUUUUCCUGUUGCCGCCCCAGUUUUUAAGAACGACUUCUACGUUGACGAUUGUUUGUCUGGUGCCGAAGAUGUCGAAUCCGCUGUUCAACUCCGCCGAGAAGCAUCCGCUCUAGCUGCUUCUGCCGGUUUACCACUCAAGAAAUGGGCAUCCAAUGUUCCUGAAGCGCUUCGUGGUAUUCCUCCAGAAGAUUUGGCCGUAUCCGCAAUCCACAGCCUGCAGGACGAUCAGGCUGUCUCUACGCUCGGACUAGUUUGGGAAACACGGUCUGACGUUCUACGUUUUCGAGUCCAAUUGCCUCUGCCAGCUCCAGUACUCACAAAGCGCAAGAUUAUGUCGUACAUCGCCCAGAUCUUCGAUCCACUUGGUUUGCGUUUGUGGGGACUUCGAACAGAGAACGGAGAAUCUUUCGAGUGGGAUCGCCCACUACCAGCGUCGUACCAGGCCGAUUGGAAGGAGUUCCAUAGCACGCUGGAUACCAUCGCCACGAUCCAAGUUCCUCGAUACGUGUCUUCCGCCAAUGCCACAUCCUUUCAGUUGCAUUUCUUUUCGGACGCGUCGGAGAAGGCCUACGGCAGCUGCUGCUACAUUCGGUCGGAAUGUGAUGGAGUCGUCCGUGUCGUAUUGCUGACAUCGAAGUCGAAGGUCGCCCCGCUGAAGAGCCACCAUAGCAUUGCCCGUUUGGAACUUUGUGGAGCCGUUCUGUCUGUCAGCCUAUCGGAGAAGGUCAACCGUGCUCUCAAGUUGCCUGCCGAAAUGUUCUUCUGGACUGAUUCCUCGACGGUUCUUCAGUGGCUACAAUCACCGCCCAAUCGCUGGAAGACAUUUGUGGCCAACCGAGUGUCUAAGAUCCAGAAUUCGACCGAUGUAGAUUUGUGGAUGCAUGUUCGCGGAGAAUCGAAUCCAGCCGAUGUUCUGUCCCGUGGAAUAAGUCCGCCUGAGCUCGUCAAUCAUCCGCUUUGGUGGACUGGAUCUCCAUGGCUCCAGUUACCGCCUUCGCAGUGGCCACGAACCGAGUUGUCAGCCUGCCAAACCAGUUCGACGAGUGAAAUGAGAGUUCCAGUUGCCGCGCUUCCAGCUGUCGUGAAGGAUGACGAGUUUGUAGAUCGUAUCUUCGGAAUGUACUCCAGUUACCAAAAACUCAGGCGCUCCAUCGCUCACUGCAUGCGAUACUUCCGCUUGUUGAAAGCAGCUGCACGGAAGACGAAAAUUGACCCAUUCCAAGCGCUUACCACCGCCGAUCUGCAAGAAGCAGAUUUGACACUGUGUCGUCUUGCCCAGAAACAGUGUUUUCCUGAGGAGUUAGCCACUCUAGCAUCGUCCGGUCGUCUUCCGUCUUCAUCGCAGUUGAAGUACAUCCGUACAAAACUAGAAUCAGAUGGAAUCAUUCGGAUUAGAGGAGUUCUGGCCAACGCAACCGUUCCGGAAGCUACGAAACAUCAAGUUGUUCUGCUCGCGAAACACCCACUUUCAAAACUGUUGGCGAAGUAUUAUCAUGGGAAUUUACUUCACGCCGGCCCACAACUAAUGCUCGCCACGAUCCGUCAAAAGUACUGGAUCAUUGGUGGACGCAAUCUAGUGCGCCGCACAUUCCAUGAGUGCCACAAAUGUUUCCGAUGCAGACCAAAGAUGAUCCAGCAAAGUAUCGCAGAUUUGCCUACGUCCCGUGUUGCGCCCCGAAGACCGUUUGCCGUUUCUGGUGUGGACUAUUGCGGACCAGUUUACAUCAAGUCUCUCGUCCGUAACCGAGGCCCAACGAAGGCAUACGUUUGCAUCUUCGUUUGCUUUACCACACGUGCCGUUCACAUCGAGUUGGUGUCUGAUCUCUCCACGCCGGCCUUCAUCGCUGCUCUUCGCCGAUUUUCUGCCCGCCGAAACUUUCCCCACGAGAUCCACAGCGACAAUGGCACUGCGUUCCGAGGUGCAAACAAUGAGUUGCACAGAAUUUACCAGAUGCUGAAAACCGAACACGGAGGACGCAAGAACAUCCUGGAUUGGUGUGCAGAAUCUGGAGUUGCGUGGCAUUUCAUACCACCUCGAUCGCCCCAUUUCGGAGGUCUAUGGGAAGCAGCAGUGAAAUCAGCGAAGCACCAUCUAUUGAGAGAAAUAGGCCACUCCAACAUUUCCUACGAAGACAUGACGACGUUACUAGCCGAGGUGGAGAUGUGUCUGAACUCCAGACCCUUGAUUCCGAUGCCAACCGAAUCCGACGAGUUAGAAGCCCUGACACCUGGACAUUUCCUUGUCGGUGAAAGCCUGCGAUCUCCACCCGAAGAAGACGUCGCAACUGUUCCGGACAAUCAACUGUCGCAUUGGAAGCUCACGCAGAAACGGUUCCAACGAAUCUGGCGUAGAUGGUACCCAGAAUAUCUGCAGCAGCUUCAAGCCCGAGCCACCAAGCACCGUAGACCAUCAACUGUAAUCCAGCCCAACCAAAUGGUGAUCAUCCAAGACGAUCUGCUUCCGCCAGCCCAAUGGCCACUAGGGAUCAUCACAGCCGUUCAUCCUGGGAAAGACGGCGUCGUACGAGUGGUCACCUUACGCACUGCGAAGCGAGAUGUCGUUUCCAGGUGUGUCAACAAACUUGCUCUGUUACCCGUACCAGAACAACCCGAACCCAAUCCAGCUGAUGAGCAGCCCGUUGGAGAACCGGUCACCGCAGUUCCUGAAAACAACCAAUGA